GUAACCGCUGCUCCCCGCGGCAGGGCGGCUGCAGGCCCGGCCCAGAGGCCUCGGCCUAGAGGCCUCAGCUCGGCCCGGCGCGGCGCGGCGGCGGUUCCCGGCGGGGCCGCUUUCACGGCAGCACCGCCUGCCCGACCGGCGACGGGAAGGGGAGCGGCGGGGCCAGAGGAUCCUUUGCUGACAGUGGCAAAGAGAACCUCUCAAGGGCUUGCAUGCUUUUUGCAGAAGAUAAUGGAUUCUUGCUCUCACCCUCUGCCUUGAAGAACUUUUAUUAUACACCAUGUGACCAAAAUCAAAUGUUUUUAGAAAUGGCUGUUUCUUUGUGGAAGAAUUUACUUCAGACUACAAAGGAAAGAAUACUACAACAGAGAAGGAUGUCACUGUAUAAUGGUGCUCAUGGUUAUGAUGAAGAAUUGUUAAAGAAGAAACUUCAGCAGUUUGCUGGUGGAUCCAUCAACCUCUCCAAAGAAGACAAUGGCAUUGGAAUACUUACUUUGAACAACCCGAAGCUAAUGAAUGCCUUUACAGGUACUAUGAUGGUAGAACUCCAGGAGAGGGUAACUGAACUGGAAAACUGGAAGGAUGGCAAAGGCCUCAUCAUCUAUGGUGCAGGAAACACCUUUUGCUCAGGAUCUGAUUUAAAUGCUGUCAAAGCAAUAUCCAACUCUCAGGAUGGGAUGAAUAUGUGCAUGUUUAUGCAAAACACUUUAACCAGACUUAUGAGAUUGCCUUUGAUCAGUGUUGCGCUAGUACAAGGAAAAGCUUUUGGAGGAGGAGCAGAACUUACCACAGCAUGUGAUUUCAGGUUGAUGACACCUGGGAGUGAAAUUCGGUUUGUUCACAAGCACAUGGGUCUGGUGCCAGGCUGGGGAGGAGCUGCCCGGCUGGUGCGGAUCGUUGGCAGCGGGGCUGCCCUCCAGCUGCUGAGUGGGGCUGCCGGAGUGGACCCCGAGAGAGCUUUGCACCUUGGGCUCUCAGAGGAGACAUUGUCAUCUUCAGAUGAAACCGGAGCAUUAGAAGAAGCCCAGGCCUGGCUGAGUCAGUACACAGAGGGUCCAGCCACUGUGAUUCAGGCUGUGAAAAAGGUGGUGACAGCGGGAAGAGAGCUACCAGUAGAAGCUGCCCUAAGGACAGAGAAAGACGUUUUUGGAACUGUAUGGGGUGGGCCUGCCAAUUUGCAGGCAUUGGUUAGAAGACCAAAACAUAAAUGAUGGUCAGUGCAUAAGAAAUGUUUUUGGCUUUUUUGCAAACAAAGCUUUCACUAAAGCAGGCAUUAAA